GCGGGAGGGGAGCGGGGCCGGUCCUGAAGAGAAAACCGGGUCGGGGGGUGGGGGGCAGCGGCUGGCAGCACCCCUCCGCCGCCUGGACUGAGCGCGCCCCCCCCCCCCCCCCCCCCGCUGAGGGUCGGAGGCGGCCAUGGCGGAGGCGGGGGGAGCUAGCGGCAGCCCCGCCGCUGCCCGCCGCCCUCCGGGGCCUCGGCAGGCGCCGGCCCCCCCCGUGCAGGUGUCUGUCAUUGUGCCUGUUCACAAUAGCGAAUGCUGGUUAGAUGAAUGCUUGAAGUCAGUUUGGGAACAAGAUUUUAAAGAAACCAUGGAGCUGUCAGUUUUUAAUGAUGCCAGUAAGGAUGGUUCAGCUGAAAUCAUUGAAAAAUGGAAGAUCAAGUUGGAAGAUGCUGGUGUUCCAGUAAUCAUUGGUAGUAGCGAUUCAUCUGAGCCUCGAGGUGUUGGAUUUGCUAAAAAUCAAGCAGUGAUUCAGAGCUCAGGUACCUAUCUCUGCUUUCUGGAUUCGGAUGAUGUGAUGAUGCCACAGCGGGUUAGACUGCAGCACGAAGCUGCCAUUCAACACCCAAACAGUAUUGUUGGUUGCCAAGUCAGAAGGGAGCCACUGGACUCUACUGAGCGGUAUACUCGUUGGAUCAAUAAUCUGACUGAAGAACAACUUCUUACACAGGUGUUUACCUCUCAUGGACCUACUGUGAUUAUGCCAACCUGGUUCUGUUCUCGAGAAUGGUUUUUUCAUGUGGGAAAAUUUGAUGAGGGUGGAAAGGGUGUUCCAGAAGAUUUGUUGUUUUUUUAUAAACAUAUCCAAAAGGGCGGUGAAGUCUUUCGAGUAAACCAUUGCCUCCUGCUGUACCGUUACCAUCCACAGGCUGCAACUCAUUCCGUCCUAGAGGGAACCAUCUGGAAUCACCGAGUCUGGUUUCUUGAAGACAGAGUCCUGAGCUCCUGGACAACAUUCACCAUUUGGAAUGCUGGCAAACAAGGCAAGAAGCUCUACAGAAGCUUGUCACCAGCUAAUCAGAAAAAGGUAACUGCAUUUUGUGAUGUUGAUGAAAAGAAAAUAACAAAAGGAUUCUACACUUAUGAAGAAUCUGAGGAGAGACCAAAACCAAAAAUUCCUGUAUGUCACUUCAGAGACGCAACUCCACCUUUCAUUAUCUGCGUGAAGCUGGAUUUGACAGGUGGAGCAUUUGAAGCAAACCUGAACACGCUGAACUUGAAGGAAGGGGUGGAUUAUUAUCACUUUAACUAAAAGCCAAGUGCACUUCGCAGCUCGUGCUGAGAAUCCCGUUUGUGAGGAUGCGGCAGCAGAACUCCUCCAGUCCUAACGGCACCGGAACCAAGAGCUUCCCUUUAGAAACCAGCAGCCCC